CUGUCAAAACCAUUCGUCAGCAGCCACUGUCAGAAACCCAUUUUGACCCAUGAUAGUGCGUAGCAGCAGCAGAUGAGAGAGUAGCAUCGGAGAACGCAAUCACGUCAAGUCUUCUCCCCAAAUUGGCACCCGCGAGGGCGAUCGAGCCCGUCCAAAUCCGCGCGGUUGAUCCAGCGCGUCGACGAAUUAAGCGGGAGUCCGGGAGAUAAUAGAUAGCUUUAUCAGAAGCUCGUUGGGGAAGGAAGCUAUCAGUAGCUGAGUACUGGCCAGGCCGUGCUGGUGCGCGGAUUCAGAGCUUCAGAGCUAGUGUAUAUGGCUCCGCCGAGCGCGUCCUGGUCGUGGGCGGCGACCUGCGGGUGGUGCGGCCGCCGGAGGAAGAGCGGGGGCGGGAUCUUCGCGGGUGACGACGACGGCGGCACCGGGGGCGGCGGCGGCGGCGGAAUCUUCAUCGACCUGCCCGUGCUGGAAGCCGCCACCGCCGGCUUCUCCGACCUCAACCUCCUCGGCCGCGGCGGCUUCGGCCCCGUCUACAAGGGUGUUUUGGGGAGCGGGGAGGAGAUCGCGGUGAAGAAGCUGUCGCUGGAGUCGCGGCAAGGGGUGCGGGAGUUCCUCAACGAGGUGCGCCUGCUGCUCAAGGUGCAGCACCGCAACCUCGUCUCCCUGCUCGGCUGCUGCGCGGCGUCCGGCCAAAAGAUGCUCGUCUACCCGUUCUUCCCCAACGGCAGCCUCGACCACAUCCUCUUCGACAGGGAUAAGAGGGCGCAGCUAGACUGGCCCAAGCGGUACCAGAUAAUCCUGGGACUAGCACGGGGCCUCCUUUACCUCCACGAAGAAUCCCCGGUGAAGAUCAUCCACAGGGACAUCAAGGCAAGCAACGUGCUCCUCGACGAGAAGCUGAACCCCAAGAUCUCUGAUUUCGGCAUGGCGAGGCUCUUCCUCGAAGACGCCAGCCACGUCAACACCUUCAGGAUCUCAGGCACAUAUGGGUACAUGGCUCCGGAGUACGCGAUGAACGGGUACUUGUCGACGAAGACUGACGUGUUUAGCUUCGGGAUGCUGGUGCUGGAGAUCGUCAGCGGGAGGAAGAACAUCGACCGGCGCCUCGACGACGAGAAAGUUGACCUCUUGAACUACACAUGGAAGCUGUGGGAGGAAGGCCGGUCGCUGGAGACGUUGGACCCGGGGCUGUCAGGCGGCUGGGACGAGGACGAGGCGGCGCUGUGCGUGCAGCUGGGCCUGCUGUGCUGCCAGGCCGUCGUGUCGGAGCGGCCGGACAUGUACAGCGUGCACCUCAUGCUGUCCAGUGGCUCCUUCACGCUGCCCAGGCCCGGGAAGCCGGCGAUCCACGGCCGGGUCGGCCGGUGGAUCAGCACGACAACUACCCCAUCGGCGUCCGGCUCCGGAUCCGGCACGACGAACACGAACACGAGCAACACUACGGACACGACGAGGGCGUCGGCAGGGUUGGUGUUGGAAGGCAUUGCUGAGGAUGAGUCCAGGAACUCCAUUUCUGUGUCCUUCACCACGGAAGGCCGGUAAAUUCAAGGGAAUGCGAUGUGAUAAGAUGACGUACGGUUGCAAGUAAAUAAGCAGAGUUUACUGAGUACAGUACGUAGCAUAGAUAUGUGUAGGGAUAAGCUUUGUGAUGAAGGGAGUGCAGUUAGCCUGGUUUGCAGAGAUACUAUCAUUGUCUCUUUUUUUCAUGCUAAGGGAGUGUAGUGUAUAGGGUAUAGUAUACUGGAGAUCACUGAUGUGUCGGGUGGUUUAUGGGCCAUUUGACUAUCAGACAAUGGCACAAUGCUUGGGUGGGCUGGAUUCUGUCCGCUUCCCACGAGAUGAUUCGUCGGCUUAGAUGGACAUGCUAACUGGGCUUCCAGGCCCAUUAUCAGUAGAUACGGCCAGUAAAGUAUUUUUUUUCUCUUUGCGCUCAAA